GUUAAAGUGACAGGCAUUAGACGAAUAGAGACUCACUGUCCUCUUUGAGUAAAGUGUGGUUUUCAGGCCAGUGGAUCCAUCAUCACGGGAAGAGCCUGCAGUAAAAGACACAUCAUGUCAAGCUCCUUUGACACCCUACAGUUUUGCUUCCCCUCUCACGGUGACGCAAUCCUCAGCAAAAUGAAGACACUCAGAGAGGAACACUGCUUCUGUGACAUCACGCUCCUCCUUGGGGAUCCACAAGGUGCCACUGUCCAGCCUCCAUACUUCCACGGUCACAGAGUGGUGCUUGCAGCCUCCUCGGACUUCCUACGUGACCAAUUCCUACUCCAUGAGGGCCAAACCGAGCUGAGCGUGGGUGUUGUUUCCAGUGUGGAGGUUGGUGAGAGACUUCUCCUGUCCUGCUACACUGGGCUCUUAGAGGUCCCUCUGAGGGAGCUGGUGAGAUACCUGACUGCCGCCAGUGCACUUCAGAUGAGCCAGGUGGUGGAGAAGUGUGCCCAGGCCAUUUCUCAGUAUCUCAGUCCCUCACUGGCUUUCUUGAAAUUGGAGAGACACAGUACCUGGCCAGGCUUCCAAAAUCAGGAGGAAAAGGAUGCAGCCAAGCCUGGCACCAGCAACCAGGAAGCGAGUACAGAGGACGGGGGAGCGGUUGUUUUCCAGUCGAGGGUCAGCCAAGGAGGUGAGGUGGAUGUCCAAGGACUGAGAGAGAACCACAAUGAAAGCGCAGGGGAGGAGCAAAGAAAAGAAGGAGAAAUGUUCCUGCUGGAACUGCAAGAUUAUGAAAAGCUGAUGGACUCAAAUCUAAUUCCCCUCUCUGCAGCACAUUUGCCAACGAGUGAUUGUUCAGGAGACGAGCUGACAGAAGAUGCACACAGCAUAUUGGUGCAGAGGCCGUACCUGUGCAGGAGGUGUGACAGGGUCUUCCAACACCUGGAGAGCUAUGUGGGCCACCUAAAGGAGCACAAACAGUACUUGUGUUUGGUCUGUGGCAAAGGCUUUUCUCAGAGGAGCAGCCUGACCUGUCACAUACGCAUCCACACUGGGGUCAAGCCUUUUCGCUGCCCGCUGUGUCACAAGACAUUUUCCAAAAAGGCCACGCUGCAAGACCACCUCAAUCUGACCACAGGGGAUAAACCCCAUAAGUGUAGAUACUGUGCUGUGCACUUUGCACAUAAGCCAGGCCUUAGGCGCCACCUAAAGGACAGUCAUGGUAAGAGCCUGCAGGACAUGCUUGAAGAGGCUGUGCACUGA